GGCGCGGGCGGGUCUGCCUCCGUUCGAAACGAGCCCUUCACGACAGCAGUCGCACAUACAAGGGAGCCCGGCUAGUCAACAAAAAUAAAUUAUCAAUUAUUAUUAUUAUCCUCCCAUUGAAUUGAACCGGGCUCGCCUUCACUUCCUCUUCAACUGUACCUCGCGUCGUUACUCAAACACCGUUACAUUUUGGGUUUAACUCUUUGACUAGAAGUUCGAUUAAAGUUGAGGGAGAAUUGAGAAGGAUUCUGCUGAGGAACAGGGUUAAAACAUUCAACGAGAAGCAACCCGUCGUGAUCGUCCCCGACUCGUUGCAGUUUUCAGUAUGGAGUGCCCCGGACCGGUAGAAAGGGGCAGGAACUUUCGUCUACUUAUGAAUGAGGAGCUUCCACUACUCUUAGAAUUUCUCGCUGGAUACUUACCUGAGUCACUCAAGUUCCAUCAGACAGUCUUAACGUACAUGAGAAACAAAGUAUGGGAGUUCCAUUUUUAUGUGGCUGACGGCUGGCCGGAUGUCCCCAUUUGUUUACAUUUUCCAGGAAUGACGUCGUCUCCGCACGGUCUUCUGUACGAGAGCUUCGGGGUCUUCUGUCCUAACAAGAGCCUGGACCACCUUCACCUGCUGCGCGAUGAAGACAUCUUGAUUGACUGGGAGAAGCCACUGUACAUUAAUUUCGUCCACCAUGAGAUUGCCGGGGAGUUGUUCGAUCUUUACAAUGGAACCGGGACAAUCGAGCGUGUCCUGGGUGACGUAUGGGCUUGUGAGGAGCCAGGAAACACCGUACAAAUUGAGGACGAGCCAAUUGAGGGUGAACCGGAGGUCCAGGUACUCCCUCUCUGUCCUGAACAUGCUGAAGGAAUACAUGAACUCUAUCCAGCUAAUGAUAUGGAGUGCCACGAACUUUUUCUUCGUUUGAUACGAAUAUUGCCAGCAGCCGGAGUUUUCGUCGAUGGAAAAUUGGCUGCUUGGAUGAUACAGUCGUACUAUGGGGCCAUGUUUUCCAUGCAGACUAAGCCCGAGUACAGGAGGAAAGGAUAUGGCACGAGACUUGCGAGGUACCUGACAAAAACAGUAGCGGACAGGGGUUACACUCCCUUCGUCGUAAUACGUCCAGAAAACGAGGCCAGCCAGAGUCUUUACAAAAAACUUGGCUUUAGAAAACUUUACCAAACAGUUCGAGCGACAUUUACCCCUUACAAUUGUCAAAAAAUAUUGGAGGAAGAUGAAUCAAUCCAGAGCACUGAUUUUUCCAGUACGGUGAGAAAAUUUCAAAUGGAGCAACGGGUUAUUGACGUAUUACAGAGUGACGAGGACGCGACUGUCAUGGCUGAUAAUGAUGAUAAUGAGGGUGAAGAUACAAUACGCGAUCCAACGGAUUCGCCAAAAGAUGAUGACGAAGAGGAAAUUGAAGAGAACGGUUUCUCGAGGAAUGUCGAGUGUCUUCAGCCGAUUGACGAACAGCCUGAGGACAGAAUAGACUCGGUUGACGAUGAUCAGUGUGAAAAUAAUGGUACCAUGCAGGAUGUGGUCAGCACUGAUGCGGAUGAUUGUCCUGAUGACAAUGGGGAUGAAUAGAGUUUAAAGUAAAGAAAUAACUUUUUUUUAGCUAGCGAAUUAUUUCAAUAUGCGAGGAAUGGUUUAUUGGUGCCAGUUCGUUUCCUUUUUAUAAAAAUGAAGACAGAGUUCAGAAUGUCUGGUCAUCAUUGGGUUCCUGUCACUCGAAAAAAAAAUUGAAUAAAUAGUAUUGACGUUGAAUAUCUUCAGAUUUAGGCAAUUGACUAUUCCUCGGGCAUUGAAAUAUGAAAGAAACUAAUGGUGUUUUUGUGGGACAAUUAAAUGGGAAAAUUGAACAGAAAGAAAGAAAACAAAUGCUUCAGUUUCAUUCCAUAAAAAAAUUAAGAAUAAUUUAGCUUCCCAAUGGCAGCUUCAAACACUCCAAGUUGCUGCAUCUCAAUUUCUCUAUUUAACGAAAACCCUAAAAGCACAAAAGUUAUCACAACUGGAGAAGAAGAAAAAGUAUUUUAACGAAAUUUUCAAAAGCCAGAACAAACUUACUCAGCGAUAAAUUUGUGGAUUCGCUCGAGGUCCCAGUUUGUAAAUGCACGUGCGGAGAUAUCCGGCCUCUCUGUGCGUAUACCUCAUAUCAUAUUUUUCAGAUGAAAAUAAAGGAAAUUUAAAGCGAUAUAGAGACCGCCUAGCAGGCUCAGGACCAAAGGAAACUAGUAGGGUGCAGUGUACUCAGAACAACGAUUCCUUUGUUCAUAAAUGCAAUCAAGAUUAUUUUCAGUUUUAUUGAAUAAUAUUCUGUACUCGCUGGAAGACAAUCGCAUUCUGAUUUCAUUAACAAUUCCCUUUGGAUACUAAUCGACAAAUUUAUUGUUAUGAUUAAGGAGUUGAGGAAAUAAAAGAAUAAAAGAACUAGGGGAGGGUGGGGCAAAAUGAAACAGCCGAAAAAUGUCUGUUUGACGUAAUUCAAGCAAACAAAUUUUUUUUUGUCAAUUUUUUUAAAUAAUUUUUUUUAUUAUUAGGAGUAGAGAUGAGAAAAUAAUU